CAAGAACACAUAUCCUGUCUGAAACGUCAGCAUAUUUUACCAGCUCUCUGGAAAAGGCUGUCAACUGAGAAGUUGGAAAAACUGCAAAAAUGGGCUUCGUGAAAGUAGUGAAAAGUAAGGCGUACUUCAAGAGAUACCAGGUGAAAUUCAGGAGAAGGCGAGAGGGUAAGACUGACUACUUUGCCCGUAAGCGCCUGGUCAUCCAAGACAAGAACAAGUACAACACACCCAAAUACAGGAUGAUUGUGAGGUUCUCCAACAGAGAUAUCUGUUGCCAGAUUGCCUACGCCAAGAUCGAGGGAGACCAGAUUGUCGCUGCUGCCUAUUCCCAUGAGCUGCUCAAAUAUGGCAUCACUGUGGGACUGACAAAUUACGCUGCAGCCUACUGCACGGGCCUUCUGCUGGCCCGCAGGCUGCUGAACAAGUUCGGCCUGGAUCAGGUGUACGAGGGCCAGGUGGAGGUGACUGGAGACGAGUUCAACGUGGAGAGUAUAGACGGCCAGCCGGGGGCCUUCACGUGUUUCCUAGACGCCGGGCUCGCCAGAACGUCCACAGGAAACAAGGUGUUCGGAGCACUAAAGGGUGCAGUCGACGGUGGGCUCUCAAUUCCUCACAGCACAAAACGAUUCCCUGGCUACGACGUGGAGAGCAAAGAGUUCAACACAGAGAUGCAUCGCAAACACAUCAUGGGCAUGAACGUGUCGGACUACAUGAGCUACCUGAUGGAGGAGGACGAAGACGCCUACAAGAAACAGUUCUCGCGCUUCAUAAAGAACGGAGUCGCGCCAGACACAGUAGAGGAGAUGUACAAGAAAGCACACACCGCCAUCAGAGAGAACCCAGUCCAUGAAAAGAAACCCAAAAAAGACGUCAAAAAGAAGAGGUGGAACCGCGCCAAACUUUCGCUGGCACAGAGAAAGGACCGCGUCGCCCAGAAAAAGGCCAGCUUUCUACGAGCACAGGAAGCAGAGGCAGCGGACGGUUAGAGGGACGGGGACCACUGCCCGUUCCAAAGACAACCACUGCACAUUGGCUUAAUAAAUUUAUUGCAAAUGA